ACUGUCGCAUCCGAUGAAACCAACUGAUAACGACAGACUCUCCAACAGACGGUGUUCGGUGCUGGAACGGAGCAGCUGGGAAACCGAGAUUCAGCCGCACCACAGACUAUACUUACCCGUUCGCUGGUUGAAUGGCUGGCUGGCUGGCUGAGGUGGAAGUAAACACUAAACUACAAAGUGGUCGCCUCUGCUUGGCUUGACUUGGCUUGGUUGACUGAAGCUGAGAACAGUUCGAAUCGAACCUUCGGUCGGGCUGGUCGGUUGAAGUCCCAAGGACCUCUUGGAAGCAAACGAGCGCGCGCGGUGUGUCUCAGUUCUUUUGAACUCUGUUCUAGUGGUUGGUGGUUGUGCUUGGGUGUUUGGAUUCAGUCUCUACAGCAGUAAAUCAAGAUUUUUUUUCGGUUGCCGAAACGGAACGUGAAACGGGAGUGACCCGGUGUGCUUGCCCUAGUCAGCCGAAGAUAGGAAUUGGAUUUCCAGUGACCCUUUGCGAGGGAUUUUAUAAAUAAAGCGGUGACGUGUGCUGCACAGUGUAAAGGGGAAUCGAUUCGAAGUGUUUAGGUUUUGGUAACAAUACAAAGGUGUGAAUCGUCAUCAUCUAUAAUGAUGCUCAUCGUCGCCGGUUUGUGGGCAGCCAAGCUAACGAGCUGUUAAAAAAGAGGAAACGUCCAAUGAUCAGGCUGCAAGUAGUCAAUGGAAUAAUAGAAAUGAGUGUGUUUAAAGUGGGAAACGAAGAACAGGCAAUUUAGAAAAGCAAGCCAAAUAAUAAGUAGUGAUGAAACAUUGAAGUGUACAGAAGAAACAGUAUAAAUUCGAAGAAGUUGAAUGAAUAAAUAAAUGAUAAACAACAACAAGAAUUCAAAACUGAAGACCCAACGGUGACCAAAACGAAAGUAAACUACAGAGUUAACUACAAAUCAAGAACAAAAUAAAAGGAAAUAUAGCAAGACUGUUUCGUUUCAACAUAGGAAACCGGUAUCGAGACGCAGCGUUGAGGAAUCGCGCACUUCAAUAAACAAACAAGCGACAGAGGAAGAAAAAGAAAAGGAAUUUGUGCGAACAAAAUUUCAAAGCUCCCCUAGAGAGGGCCGCACUUUUGGUGAUCAGAGAGCGGUGCGGUGUGGUGAAUGAGCAACUUUAGUAUCAACAACAAUAGUGAAACGAAUGAGAAUAAACAAACAAAUAUACGAAGCGCAAGUGAAAUAUAAUACCUAUACGACGACGACGACGACACGGUGCGGUCCUCGUUGGUAUCAUCUCCUGUUCGACUUGGUAUGUAGCUGACCAGUGCGAUUGAUUCUACCAUCACCAUCCGAGCGUGCGGAUGCAAAGCCAAUGGCGUGGAAGAAAUUGAUGAAUGGUGAUUGAGAUGUACGGUACGACCGCCGGUGGAAUGUGACACCUGUUUGGAAGUGAUCUACGGGAAAUAGUGCUGUAACCUAAAGGUGUUUAGUGUGUGCACGGCUAGGUGUUCGUUCUGACGAAACUGGAAUAACCUUCAGGGAUUGUGCCGGAGGUGUCGGUACACGCAAACUGGUUGACCGUUCACGAAUUCUACAGUUACGUCUAAUGAUCUAAUGGAUUAGUAGUGCACCGUUAAAGAAGUAUACGCGCGUGCAUGCAGUACUAGAACAACCCGAACGAAAAAUGCAUCAUCCGUCGUCCACCGAAGCAAUGCCGCUGAGUGACCACUACCACCACCACUACUAAGAUGGAGAAUCGCCUCGAUGACCGAUGUGCCACUCUAUUGCUUCAACUCAGCGCCGCCGGAGACGACGGUGACUACUCACAACAACAACAACCAGCCGAAUUCAGUACAGCGGCAGCGGCAGCAUCUCACCAUCAACCACUGCUAUUGCUUCCCACCAUCACAACGAAGCUGUCGAAAUUUCUGACGGACCUUGUCAGUGUGGGGGGAUCGGGGGGAGGCGCGGUGCCCAGCAGUGUCAAUUUCAGUGCAUUGUUAUCGCUCAACUUUAGCACCAGUGGCGGCAAUAGCUCUAUUGGACUGAGUGCAACCACAACAACAACAACGGCCGUGGCGGUGGCGUUUGACGAUCACCAACACCAAUCGCGGAACCACUCGUCCACCGAUGGAAGGUUCAACUGCGACGGUCGCAACCUGGCGGAACUGGCAACGAGUGCGUUCGGUAGUGCAACCGGCGGCGGAGGUGGGAUCGCGAGUGACGAUGGGUUCGGUCCGAAAUUGGAAGUUUCGAAAACGAUGGACGCGAUCGGUGGUGGCGUUGGUGGCGGAACGGUCGGGAUCGGUAUCGGGGACGGGGCGGCCACGCAGCUGCUGAUUGCCAACUGGCAGGACUGUGUCGUUGUGAUAUUAUUUUGCUUACUGAUCGUAGUGACUGUGAUCGGCAACACGCUAGUGAUCUUAUCGGUGAUUACCACCCGGCGGCUGCGGACCGUGACAAACUGCUUCGUGAUGAGCCUGGCCGUAGCCGAUUGGUUGGUCGGGAUCUUCGUGAUGCCCCCGGCUGUUGCGGUCCAUCUAUUGGGAUCGUGGCCGCUCGGAUGGAUACUGUGUGAUAUAUGGAUCUCAUUAGAUGUUCUACUGUGUACGGCGUCAAUACUUAGCUUAUGUGCAAUUAGUAUAGAUAGAUAUCUAGCGGUGACGCAACCGCUCAACUACUCUCGCCGACGGCGUUCGAAACGGCUGGCCCUGCUGAUGAUCCUGGUCGUCUGGGUACUAGCCCUGGCCAUCACUUGUCCUCCCAUCCUCGGCUGGUACGAACCGGGUCGCCGGGAGCUGACCCAGUGCCGGUACAACCAGAACGAGGGCUACGUCGUCUUUUCGGCGAUGGGUUCGUUCUUCAUUCCGAUGGCGGUCAUGAUUUACGUGUACGUGCGGAUAUCGUGCGUGGUGGCGUCUCGCCACGACAAGAUGACCGAGAUCGAGGUGCACAAGAAAAGUCAUCGAACGCGUGACGCCGACGAGGUGUGCUACCACUACGCAUCGGAGAUAGAUCCGGCCCAGCUAAGCCCCAAGCGAAAACGGUCCUCCUCGCAGCUGUCAACGGCAACCACAACCUACGUGACACAGCUAGGCGGAGGCGGUGGAGGCUCGACCCUCGGCGGUGAUUGCAUCGGUGGAGAUUGUCCUAAGACCGGCACCAGAAAGAAUCACAAGAACGGUCAUUACGAGCUUGUCGACAUCAAUUCCAAGUCCAAAACCACAACUUCGUUCGUGGGGAACGGCGGUGGGACAAGCGGACUCGAUGAGGACCAUCCGCAGUCGCCGGGGGGUGCCGGAGGCAUGAAGCGCAACUCCACCAUCCACUACCAGCUGGCCUCAACAACGGAGCUUUGGUCGUCGGCCAAUAACGUUUUCAAUCAACAGCAGAAACCACAAACGGCAGCAAAUCAACCGGGCGGCCUAAGGCGCACCAAUACCAUUAGUAACUCAAUUAUGUCGUCGACCACCACUGCAUCGGCGUCGGCGGUGGCGGCCGGACGCAAUAUACGGAUGCACCAGCAAAAGUCCCUAUCGUCGCGAAUCCUCUCGAUGAAGCGCGAGAACAAAACGACCCAAACGCUCAGCAUCGUGGUCGGCGGCUUCAUCGCGUGCUGGCUGCCCUUCUUCAUCCACUACAUCAUAACGCCAUUCCUGCCGGACGAGCUGGCUGCCCCCAAACUGGGCGAAUUUUUCACCUGGCUCGGCUGGAUCAACAGUGCCAUCAAUCCGUUCAUCUACGCAUUCUACAGCGUGGACUUUCGGGCGGCCUUCUGGCGGCUGACGUUGCGGCGUUUCUUCCGCAACAGCGAGAAGGCACCCUUUGCCAACAUUCACAACAUGUCGAUGCGGAGAUAAGCUUUGACCGCAGCCCAUUUCCUCUAAUAGCUGAUCCCUCCCUCCUGUCGCUGCCGCCGCCUCCUGGCAAUGAAAGUGGGGGAAAUAUUUUCAGUAGAAUGAGAGUCAGGGUCGUUAGGAGCAUGAUAACACUUGCAAUUUCUGUUGGGUGCGUUGCGUAUGUUUGUACAUAUGGUUAGAGGAGAUGUAGUUCCACACGAACGGUUCCCAUUGUCAACGCAUCAUCGGAUUACGUACGGCUAAUGUGUUCCGUAUGUGAGCAGGAUGAUUCGCCGAGAGGAGGGCGAUUUUUUUCAAGCAUGUUGUUGCUGGAACAAUUUAUGUAGCUACGCUCCUGAUGUUACGUUUGGUAUUUUAAUUAAGUAGUUAUACGCUGUGCCGUUAUAGGCCCGGGGUUUGUAAAUAGGUUACAUGAAUAUACAGCACAUUUGAUUAGCUGAAAAUAUAUGUUUAAUUAUAAGGCGAAAUGGCGAAUUGAAUUUAUUAGUUGCUCUUUGAAACUGUCUUCAAGAUGCAUUCUGUGCUGCCUAUUUAUUGAACCGCAACAGACGUCGUUUUUUCGAAUAUUCAGUAAGUGAGCGGCCUAAUAAAAUUGUUCGGAUUUUCCCAUCAGAGAAAACAAUUUACUCAUCCUACAAUGUUCUAGUAAAAGAGUUCGGGGUAUAAUACCCAUCCAGGAUGAUAUUUUAAAUAACAGCACCAUCUCAAUCAAACGAACAAAUUUUCUCCGAUGCCGAUUUCCCGCCGAUGUGCAGCAGUCAAUCGACCCCAUCCUUUCCUGAAAUAUUCAUCGAAAUAGUGGCGAGAAGUAAGCGUGCGCUUAUCGAACGCGAAAACAAUACCGUACCUACAAAUCAAGCCAACAAAGCAGACCAACAGAAUACGAAUGGAAGCGACGACGACGACGACGGUGAGACCGAUAGCUUAUCUUCACCAUGUGAGACCAAUUGUGAAACCAAUAAACAGCGGCUGUCAACUAAGCGCGGAAAGGAAAAGAAGAAGUUGUGUGGGAUUCAAGAGUCACAGAGCCUGUGAUUCUGAUAGUUUGUCUAAUUCAAAAUGAAAAAAAGAUUUUAUUGGCUCCGUAAAGCCUUUGGGCGCGUGGGCUUGUUAAAUAAAUAAAUAGUAAAAAAAAAUAAAUUAUUAUGUCCUUUAAACCAAUUUCAUAAAUAUAUAUAGACUAGCUGACCCGGCAAACAUUGUAUUGUCCAUUUUAAUUGCGGCUCUUGCACUACGACACAGUUUUUCUAAUGUUUUUGUUAAUUUUCUUAACUUGUUCUACAUAUGAACAUAGCCACCUACCAUGAGGAUAAAUUGAACCGUUCAAAAUUCUUGUUGAUUAUGUUAUUAAUUAAUUAGUUGUAUGGCUUCAAAGGGUAUGUAAACUCAUUUGUAUAUACAUUGGAAGGCCGGAUCCAGAGGCACGUUAUCUUCCAUUUGGUACAUUUGUCUCAGAUAAAGACUGCUGUUUGUUGGUUUGGUUGCUAAUAAAGUCUUUAUCAAUGUAACUUAAAGGGACAACUCGACUAAAGAGUUCACAGUUCAACUGCCAUAAUCUACACUAUAGCGCCACUCAAAAGAAAAAUCUUCGCUAAAAAGAAGGAAACAUUUAGGUAUGUUGUAAAUUUUAGCAGUUGGUCCGUAAAGAAAAUGGAACAGUGUGACUUGAAAGUCAUCUGUAUGGGAGCCUCCUGAAGAAAUGCCUUGAUGAAUCCCUGGAGGAAUCCCUAUGAAAAUCCUUGGAGAAACUCCUGAAGGAAUGCCUGGAGGUAUUCUCCUAAAAGAAUUCCUGGAGGAAUUCCUAGAGCGAUCUCUAAAGAAUUCCCUAGAGAAGCUCCUGGAGGAAUGCCUGGAGACAUGCCUGACAGCCUGGAGACAGCUGAGGAACUGUACUACAGUGAAGCGAAUGUUCCUGUUCCAUAUAAUGGAACCAAGAACCAAGAAUGUACUACCAGCGUGGUUCAGUGACUAUUUCGUUGGCAUGGCAAUAGUGGAUGACGAGCCAACUUCGUACGAGCAAGCGGUCAGUUGUGUGGAGAAAGACGAGUGGCAAGCAGCCAUGGAUGCCGAGUACGAUUCAUUGGUGUCGAAUGAUACUUGGGAGCUAAUGAACCCACCACCUGCUAAGAACAUCGUCGGAAGCAAGUGGAUGUACAAACGGAAACUGGAUGCAGACGGAAAGGUUGAGCGGAUGAAGGCGAGACUCGUGGCGCAAGGCUGCAGCCAGCGAUUCGGGUCUGACUUUGAGAAAGUGUGUUUGCUCCAGUGGCGAUGUGCUCUACCUUCCGCGGGCCAUCAGCGCAUGUUCCUGAAACACCUGGACAUAAAAUCAACGUAGCUGCACGACAAGCUGGACGAGGUGGUGUAUAUGCGUCAACCGCCGGGGUACACGUCGCCCGGAAAUGAGAAGAAAGUGUACAGAUUGAAGCGGAGCAUUUACGGCUUGAAGCAGUCCGUAGUUCCGCUUCGUGCCUGUACCGGAAGCGUCAUGCAAAAAAUGGUUAGAUAUUUCUGAUCGUCUACGUGGACGAUUUGCUGCUGGUUUGCACACAGGAUGAGGAAAUUGAGCAACUCAAGCAAGCUUUGCAGGAACGACUGAAGAAUACAAGGCACGGGGACAUCAGGAGUUUUCUGGGCAUUCGUGUGCGGAAGAACGCUGAUGGAUUCUUCGUGAUUUUGCAGAGUGUAUCAGACGAGUAGUAACCCGAAUUGGCUUGGAGAACGCAAAGGGGUCAAAGUAUCCCAUGGAUCAUCUCGACUCAGAAUAGCCCGACGCUGGAGAACAACGAAGAGUAUCACAAGUUAAUCGGUUGCCUACUGUAUCUGUGCGUCAAUGGCCAUCCGAACAUCGCAGCGGCAGUCGAAAUCCUGAGUCGGAAUCGGAAAGUCAGUUUCCGUCGGUGACCGACAGGACCGAAGCAGAGUUGUGUGGCCAUGUCGACCAUGGAGGCUGAAUAUGUGGCACGUAAGAGGCUGUUUGGCUACGCCGCUUACUGACGGAGCUCAACGAAAGCCAACAACAACCAACAAUCAUCUUUGAAGACAACAGGAGCUGCCUACAGUCACUACAUAUCUAUUGGCGGAUAGAACUAUCGGAGCCAAUUGAACUUGGAAUUUCGAGAGAGAGAGAGAGAGAGAGAGAGAGAGAGAGAGAGAGAGAGAGAGAUUGAAUACGAGGGGAGUACUGUAUCCGUAAAGAUAAUAAAUUUAUGUUAUGAAAACACAAAGUCAAUCGAAAGCUUGAACUUUUCCUAAUGUUGACAGUAAAUAACCCAGUUGCCAAUUCUCAGGAUGUUCUAUUCGCCUGACUGUAUAUAUAGUGAAUGUAGAGCUGCCUAGAUGUCGUUGCGUUGGACCAACAGAAGAAAAGAUCCAAAUAUGUAGACACGCGGUUCCACUACACCUGGAGCCGCUGCACAUCUGAUGACAUCAAACUGCAGUAUUGUGCUUCGGAUUGCUGAUAUCUUGACCAAGCCGCUUGGGUCAACCAAGGUCAAGAAGUUCGCAACCGCGAUGGGAUUGGCAACCAUGCUGAUCAUGGACGAGCACGGGGAGAGUUUAAUUAGCAAUGAGGAGUGUUACGUCCGGUUCGGAUGUUAUGCUAGGUGCAUACGCGAAUCCAUCCCUGAUAAGAGAGACAACAAAAACACAGAUGUAUUAGUACUGAGAUCAUAAAACACGUUGUAGUUGUACGCGAUCGAAGCACGGCUUAGUGCGAGCUGACUCAUCAGCCAAUUCAUUUCCAGCUAUAGAAGAAUGGCCAGGUACCCAUACAAGGUGAACAGCGUUUGCUGAAUUCAGCUCCUCGAUUUGAGUUCGACAAGCGAUAACUAUUUUCGACCUGGAGUUGGCCGAAGCAAGUGCUUUAAUAGCAGCCUGGCUAUCUGAACAGAAAUAUAUUACUUUGCCCAUUACGUGCAGCUGAAAUGUCGAUUGCACUCCGCACAUAAGAGCAAAAAUUUCGGCCUGAAAAACGGUGCAGUGUCUACCAAGUGAGUAAGACUGAUACUAAGGGUAUGCGGUAUGGGAUUUUUUCAAGGCGAAACGAAACGAAACGAAAUAUAAAAUUUCUGCUACGAUGCGGUACAAAACGAAACGAAAUUCAAAAAUGUUUCGUGAGAUCGAUACGAAAUUCGAAUUCACUCGGUAUUUUUCGAAACGAAUCGAAAUUUUCGAAAAAGUUCCGCGGAAUUUUGCAGUUACAUCAAUUUUAUGCGAAUUUAUACUGCGUGUUUGCAGAGGCGCUAAUUGCAUUUCCAUAAAGACCCUUAUCCCCUAGUUUCUUUUGCUACAGUGCCAUUUUUAUUUUUUUUUAAUUUUUCGCGUCUCAUAUUGAAAAUUUGAAUAAAUAAUAAUACCGACAACCUAAUAAGAUUGCUCCAAUGAUUAAAUAAAAGCACACCAAUAAUUGCGACUAUGCUAUAAGAUGCUCUAAUGCGGAUUGUUCCAGAAACCUAAAUCAAUGAUAUGGAUACGAGAAAUUGGGGUAAAAUGAACACCCUAAGCGUUUGGAGUUGUUUUCAAUGAAAAUAUGUAAAAUAUCUAUCUUUUUUUACUUGAGCAUGUGAAACAUGACUACAGUUUUCUUUAUUUUUUUUCGAUUGCAAAAAGUGCAAGAAAACCGAGUAGCGAAAAACACUGAGGGUAAAAUGAACACAUACAUAUUUAAAAGUUAAUUUAAACGUGUAAUUUCGAUUAACUGGAUGUCAGUCAAUUUGAUGUUAAUUGUAUGUGCUAUAAUUUCAAAACUUCUUAUAUAAAGUUUGCAAUGUAUUGAUAAUUAUAUUAAAAAAAAAUGUGCUUAAACAGGUGGAUUUUCUAAUUUCAAUCUUAUUUUGUUGUAGUAAAAUAUGUUUCUUAACGUUUUACUAUAGUUAUGCAACGAUAUGCGUUAGAGAUUGCAGUAUACCGAGUUUGAACAAAAUCUUGUAAAAAUUAUAUAAAGUUUGAACCAACUGUUCAUUUUAUCACCAAGCUCUGUUUGCUUUGAAGGUACUUCCAAAAUUUUAUUGAAAACACUACCUAAUUUUUUUCGUCACUUAAUAUUUUUUUUAGGAAAAAAUUAUUGGAAUAUGGUAUCACGCAUGCAGAAAUUUGCGAAUAACGGACAAAUUGACCUUAAUUACGAUUAGCUUUGUUUUACACCAGACCAUAUUGUUUGCAUGAUUUUCGAUAUUUUUGUCAUUUUAAAGUAGUUCAGUUAUUUUUUAGGUCUAAUAUCAGCAGAGGUACAAUGAUUUAUGUUGUCGAAUAGAACCUAAUUGUUAAAAUAUGCAAAAGUACCCUAAAUGCAUUAAUACACCACCCUGUUCAUUUUACCCCCUGUUCAUUUUUCCCACAAUUCCCCUACAUCAGCCAGAUGUUUACCAAUCAUGCUUUGGUGAAUAGCCUAUUUUUUUGAGAAAGCCUAAAAUCUUAACCUAAAACUGAUAGAUGAUUCAAUUUAUAAGAAAAUACUCAGUAAAACUCGUAUAUAAAUUGAAAACAAUACUUAAGAAAUGUAUGCGCCCUCAUAAAAUUUGAAGGCAUCCGCAAACUUGAAAUUCGAAGAAUAAAACAAAUCAUCUCUAGGUUAUAAGGCCAAAAAUUCUACCAAAUAGAUCUGGACUAUAGCGGACCUGGGGUGUUGGUUAAAGCACAUGCAUUUUUCGCCGAAGAACUGGGAUCAACUACCACUCCCAAAAGACUUGCAAAAUGUGAAUUCUACCUUUGGGCCUUUCGAUUCGAGACUAUGGGUCCCGAAAUGGCAGACAAUUAAACGUUCCAUAAUAAAUACACAAUUUCCCAUAAAUAAUUCGAAAAGUCCCAGUGAAGAAACAGGGGUGCGAGCAGUAAUAAAUAAUAAAAGUUCCAUAAACAAAUCAAAAAAUGCAUAAAUAAAUCAAAAGUUUCCAUAAAUAAUUGAUUUUUGAGCAAUUAAAAACGUCAAAAAUGCAAUGAAUAAUUCAACUGUUGCAAUAAAAAAAGCCAAUUUUCCCACCAGAAAAGUUCGAAUUUUCCAUAAAUAAAUCCGAUUUUUCCAUAAUAAAUUAGAAAAUUCACAAUAAAAAAAUAUCGAAAAAGCAAUAAAUAAUUCAAAAAGUGCAAUAAAAAAUGACGAAAUUACCCAUGAAAAACAUAUGCAGGAAAGUAUGAGACAGUGAAAUGCCGAAUCGCACUUAUAUGACUGAAACGACUGAAAAGCUUGCGUAACUAUGAUUGCAAUUUACCGAGUAAUUGCUUGCUGUCCGAACUCGCUAUCGCUCGUCGGACCUAAAAAAGGGAUAACAUCUAUGUUUGCAUUAUACCGGGCAAAUUCUUGGAUCUGUGGUUUGCCUAGAACCGAAACGAUGCAAUUGCGGUGCAUCGGAUAUCGGAAACUUCGGCGGCCUUCUGCCGCCUCAGUUCCUCAAUCCUCUAUGCGGCUUCGCCGCAUGGUCUACAUAUUUUUUGCCUCAAAAUACAUUUCUGUUUAUUGCUCGUUUUUUGACAUUUAUUGAUAAUUUAUUUUCUUGUUUAUUGCACUUUUUGAAUUAUUUAUUGCUUCUUCGAUAUUUUUUUAUUGUGAAUUUUCUAAUUUAUUAUGGAAAAAUCGGAUUUAUUUAUGAAAAAUUCGAACUUUUUUGGUGGGAAAAUUGGCUUUUUUUAUUGCAACAGUUGAAUUAUUCAUUACAUUUUUGACGUUUUUAAUUGCUCAAAAAUCAAUUAUUUAUAGAAACUUUUGAUUUAUUUAUGCAUUUUUUGAUUUGUUUAUGGAACUUUUGUUAUUUAUUACUGCUUGCAUCCCUGUUUCUUCACUGGGACUUUUGGAAUUAUUUAUGAAGAAUGAUCACUUUCUUAUGAGUCGUUUAUAUUUUAGCCGUCCCGAAAUCAACUAACCUAGGGCCAAACAUAUUGUUGCAACAGUUGAAAAAAAAAUUUUAAGGACUUAUGUAUUUGAAAAAAAAUAUCUUACCUAAUAUCACCAGCCCAGAGUAUUUUGGUGAAUAAUCUGAUGAAAUCCAGAUGAAAAAACGUCUUUUUUACUGAAAUUUAGCAUAAAAGCUGGCUGCGAUUUUAGUUUCUCGUUUGUCUAACCUUUUGACAUGUUCAAUUCACUCCUGAAGGUGUUUGAAGAAAUUCGUCAAAGAAAAACGAUAUGAUUACCUACGAUCACAUACUUUCCACAUGAAAUAAUUCAAGAAUUCCGCUACAAACGCCUACAUUGUUGUCUUCACCUAAACAUAUUUUAGAAAUUUACCAAAUAAAAAAAAACAUGAUGGUAGGGAAAUCCUACCUUAAUAUUCUUCUUUGCAAUUUGUCAUCGUAAUAGGCUGUUUUACCUCACGCAUACCCGACAGGAAAAGGCCUACUUUCCCACACCAAACUAGCAACUAAUGGUUCAUUACAGCACUGAUUUGCGUUGCGUUAUGAACAUUACAGCACUGUUUUCAAUUUUGGUCACUUUUUUGAUGCUUUCUGGACGCAGUUUUGAAAGUUUUUGAAAAUUACACAGUAUAACCUGCUAGCAUCAGACUUUCUUAAACUGGCUAUGAACAUCAGUGUGCAGUUUGAUGAAAUAGUUUUGUUGAAAACUAUUCUCAAGCAGUAAUUUAUGGACUUGCAAAAAAAAAACGUUGUACGCAACUCGAUGCAGAACUCAAUUUUUACAACACUCGUCGUAAUUAUCAUACUCGGCAAGCCUAGUUGGAUAAAUGUACGUCUCGUGCUGUAAUUUUUUUCAUUCUGCACCUUGUUGCGUUAACUACUAUUACAGUAAUUUCUUAAAUUCAUCCAAAUAUCAUCAAAGUACUCUUUCCAGUGGCUGUAAACCUUCUAUUUUGUAAACUUUCUAUUUUGAGUAGAGCUCCAUGAAAAACAAAAGGCCGAACAUGAAAUUUUACGGAAUUUCUUAUCAACAAAAGAAAUAAGAGUUUAAUCGUGUAUAACGCUUCGUCAUACAGAUAUGUUGGUAAGUAAAAAGAAAAUCGGGUUAAGAACUGUUUCUUCGAUUUCCACUAAGAAUUUGUAUCCUUUGCAAGAUACGUUACGUAUUUCGACCCCAACAGGAGUUCCACUGGAAAUUUCCUGAAAAAGGGUAUCUCCCGAAACUUUUCCAUGCACCAAACCUUCUACCAAAUUUGUUUUAAUCGAUUUCUCCUGGGAUUUAAUUUUUUUCUAGUUACAUAUUUUGGGAGAGCUUCCUCGUUUGCUUAGAACUUUUGCUAGUGUAUCCUACUCCCUGUAUCAUCCCAUCCAAAUAUUUUCCAUUACUCUGCUGAAAAUUUUCGUUGAGAAUCUAAACUGAAGACAGGAACUAAACUCGUGUUUGUUUUUUGCAUUUGGUUCAGUCAGAAAAUUUAACCAAAAUAUUAAGUAUGGACCCGCAUACCGUAAAUGUUGAAAGCAUACAUAUUCAGCAAGAUCUUGAUGGUAGUUCCAAAAUAAGAGGUAAAUUCGAGAUUUUCUCUGUCUUUAUGAUAGAACCUGAGAGUGGUUUGUCUCUCGCUAUUCGAGAUGUUUUUUAUAACACUUUUCAGUAACUUGAGAUUAGCAAGAUCUUCGAUAGACCAUGCAGACAUUUACACUAUUUAUUUGUUUUCGAAAUUUCUAAGUCAUUCCGCGAAAUUCCGUUUCAUUUCGUCAAAAUCUAUUUUAUGGAGACGAAAUUUUUAGAAUUUGGCGAAACAAAACGAAAUUCAAAAUCGUGAAUUUCGCCUACGUGAAUUCCGUGGAAUUCCGCGGAAUUUCGUUUCGAGACGUAUUUGGCGAAAUCUUUCGGUAUACCGCAUACCCUUAACUGAUACAGCCUUAGCUUACGAGAAUAAACACCAGCACCUGCUCGACCUUCGAGAAGGGAGCCAUCAGUGUAACAUACGAUGUCGUCUGAAAUACUUCUUUCUAGAUAUCCAGAUGUCCACUCUUCCCGGGAAGGGAUUUUCGUGGAAAAUAUCCUGUAUAGGAAAUUACAAGCAAUUAUAAGAUCACUUGGAGCAAGGACAAUUUUGUCCCAAUUCACCGAAAGUGGAAACAACGAGGUGUGUGUUGAUGUGCGGUUCACAGGAAUUUCCUCUAGUAGACCGAGUACCCGUAGACGGUAUGUGCAAGGAAGUGCUUCUUGUUUGAGAUGAAUGUGUAGUGGAGCAACGUCAAAGAGAGCUUCGAUCGCUGCCGUGGGAGUUGAAGAGAACGCUGCAGACAUCGCCAUUAAGCACAUCCUUUGGAGAUGUUUUAACUUUGAUUGGACCCGUUCUCAUUUCGCCCUUUUGCCACCACACAAGACAUCCAUAAGCCAAUAUUGGCCGAACAACAGUUGUGUAGAUCCAUUUGAUAUACUUGGGUUUUAGACCCCAAGUUGUACCAAAGGUUCGCCGGCAUUGCCCGAAGGCCAUACAAGCUUUCUUGAUUCUGAACUCAAUGUGGGGUGUCCUGGAAAGCUUGGAAUCAAGAAUGACUCCAACGUACUUUACCUGUUCAGUCACAUCGAUUUCAGAAUCAAAGAGACGCAAAGGUCGAACGCCAUUACGGUUUCGCCUUUCCGUAAAAAGAAUAAUAGAUGUUUUACUCGGAUUAACCGAAAGGCCAUAUUGGCGACACCAACCUUCAACUACCUGAAGGGCGUUUUGCAUCAGUACGAAAAGGGUGCUGAUGCACAUACGGACUAACAAUGUUAGAUAGUCGUCGGCAAAAUCAUAAGUAGGAAAACCGCUAUUACUGAGUUGCCUCGAUAGCGUAUCUGCUACGAGAUUCCACAAAAGCGGUGACAAGACUUGGGAAAUGCCUUGGAGGCAUCCACAAACACUCAAUUUCCUAAUCCCUGCUAGACGCAAUGUCGAGAAGAGAUGUCGGUUUUUGAGCAUUUGGUGAAUCCAAUUGGAAAUCAUUGGAGAUAUACCAUGACCCCGUGCGGCUUCCAAUAUGGCAUCGAAAGGCACGUUGUCAAAGGCACCCUCGAUAUCUACGAAAACACCCUAGCAGGAUUGCUUUUGAGCGAAUGCCUUCUCGAUAUCGUAAACAACUUUGUGUAAAAGAGUCACAGUGGACUUUCCAGAUUGGUAAGCAUGUUGGUUCACAUGAAGAGGCACGUUGGCCAGAUGAACAUCACGGAUGUGAUGAUCCACAAUGCGUUCUAAGCAUUUCAGAAGAAAAGAGGUCAAACUGAUGGGUCUGAAACUCUUUGCUUCUUCAUACGACGCACGACCCACUUUCGGAAUAAACUUCACAGUAAUAUCCCGCCAGGAUUUGGGAAUAUACCCUGUAGCAAAACUGCAAACAAGUAUUUUUUUCAAAACAUGCUUGAAAUGAUCAAAUCCCUUCUGAAGCAAAAUAGGAUAAAUCCCAUCUGCCCCAGAAGAUUUGAAAGGAGCAAAGCUAUUAAGUGCCCACUCAAUCGAUUCUAUAGUCACGAUACUCCGAGCCGAAGCCAGGGAAUCGUAACUACAAGAAAAGACAUUAGGUUCAUCCGAAGAUGUAAUAUCCACACAUCCAGGGAAGUGUGUGCUGAAUAAGCAUUCCAGAACUGCCUCAUCAGAGGAAGUCAGAUCGCCAUUUGGCAAACGAAGUUCGUUCACUCGGAAAUCCUUAGAUUUCGCAAGGAUUUUAUUUAACCGACUGACUUCACUUAAACUGGAAACAUUUGUACAAAGGUUUUUCCAGUCGGAUCGUUCAGCAGACCGGUGAGCUUUCCUGUAGGCCUUGCGAGCCGACCUGAAAGCCUCCGAACCAGCCGAACGUCGUCUGUUCCAACUCUUUCUACAUUGUUUCCUGAGUUUCGCCAGGUCAGAGUUCCACCAAGGGGUUCCUCUUGUGAUCUUCACAGACCGUAGAGGGCAUGCUUCUUCAAAAGCUUCCAUGAUGAAGGCCGUCGUAGUAUCAACGGCAUCAUCUAAAUCACUUGGAGUGUCAAUUGGAUGGUAAGUAUCCAUGAAAUUUGGCUGCAACCAGAUCGGUAAAGAGAUCCCAGUUGGUUGACCGGGACAUGCCAAUUGGUCAGCUCGUGACUAAUUCUGCUAGAGCAAAGCGUUAUGUCUAACACUUCCUCUCUAGCAGAUACCAUGAAGGUUGGGCGGUUGCCUAUGUUAAGUAAUCCAAGAUCUGUACUACUUAAGUAUUCCAUCAAACUGGAGCCUCUCACAUUGAUGUCUGAGUUGCCCCAGAUGAUAUGGUGAGCAUUAGCAUCACUACCAACAAUUAGCGGAAGGCCUUUUGAAGUGCAGUAUGCAAUGACUUGCUUGAAAGCAUCCUUAGGGGAUUGUUCAUCAUGCGAUAAAUAAACCGAACAAUAAACAUAAUUCCUGUUGAGGUUUCCAACAGAAACAUCGGUUGUGAUAGCACAUAUAUCUCUAGUAGUUAGUUCAGAGAUGAGUGUAGCAACGAUUUUUUUUUUUUUUUUUUUUUUUUUUUUUCCUCCCCUGUUGGGGAAAUUAAGCCACUGCGUCCAAUAGGCUGAACUUUUGUGGCAUGUCCCGUUUUGAUAUUCGCAUCUAGCCAGCUAAUUACCAUGUGUCAAGUAAUCAGCUACUGCCACGACGCGUCGUCUCCCAGUCAGGUGCAAUGGAAUUAAUAAACUCCAAGACCUUCCCAGGUUUUGCAGACCAGAUCUCACUGGGUUGCAAGCAACCACUAUUUAGAAAUCUUUGCCUGCGCGUGUAUAAAGCACCACAACUACAAAGCAGAUGUUCCGAGGUUUCACGUUCCGUAUUACAGAAACGACAGAUAUCACUCUGAAUAUGGCCAAUAUUUUUCAAGUGAUACCUGCUCGGGCAGUGUCCAGUUACUAGGCCAGUGUAUGUACAUAGAGCUCUCUUGUUGAGCUCUAAGAGCUUUUUGGUUUUAUAAGCAUUUGGUGUUAUAAAUCGUUUUGACUGAUUGCAAUUUUUGACGUCCAUCCAAUUGGAUAUCACCCUCUGCUCAGCCCAGCGUUUCAGGUCAAUUUUAAUUGUACAGUUUGAUAUACCACAGAAUGGUUCUGGACCAGCAAACUGUAAAUUGGAACCACUUUUAGCAAGCUCGUCUGCCAUUUCAUUUCCUUCAAUGCCACAGUGACCUGGAACCCAGUAUAAGUUUACUGAAUUCCCUUGGCACAUCCUGCGCAGUGAAAGAAUGCAUUCCCAGACAAGCUUUGAAGUACAUUUGUAAGCGCACAAUGCUUUUAGUGCAGCUUGACUAUCUGAGAAAAUACAAAUAUUUGCGUAUCUGUAUUUUCUCUCAAGGCAGAUAUUUGCGCAUUUCAAAAUAGCAAGAAUCUCUGCUUGAAACACCGUAGGAUAGUGUCCCAUCGCCACUGAAAUUUGUAUUCCAGGGCCGUAGAUUCCCGCUCCCGUUUUUAUUCCAACUUUUGAGCCAUCUGUGAAGAAUUUGAUUGACCCUUGACGAACAGUGGGACCUCCGACUUCCCAAUCUGCACGAGUUGUUUCGUGCAACUUGUAAGGAACAUCAUGGUUCUCCACAGGUUUCAUCCAGUCUUUAAUCAUUUUCAUUACUGGCCUAUUUUGGAAGUAUUGUGAAAUGCUCAGGUGACCUACAAGAUCACCUGGCAUAAACAUUUCAACUCGUUCAAGUCUCAGCAAUUCCUUUUCUGCUUCUAAUUGCACGUACUCGUGCAAAGGUAGCAGAUUGAGAAUCGCAUCUAAAGCUUUUGAUGGAGUGCUUCGCAUCGCUCCUGUAACAGCAAUGGACGCAAGACGUUGAAUUUUCGCAAGCUUUGUUUGUGUGGUAGCCUCUUUCGUUUUUGGCCACCAGACAAACGAAGCAUACGUCACUUUUGGGCGGAUUAUGGCAGUAUAAAUCCACAUUAUCAUUUUUGGUUUCAAGCCCCACUUCCUGCCAAUAGUUUUGGAGCAUAACCAGAAUGCACUUGUUGCCUUACCGAUCACGGACUCAAUUUGAGCAUUCCAGUUCAGUUUAGCAUCCAGUAUCAAACCUAAGUAUUUGACUCGAUCACUAGGAUGAAUUUGUAUCCCUCCAAGCCGAAAAGCUUUUAGGUUGAUCUUCCUUCUCCUAGUGAAAGGGACAAUUACGACUUUUGACGGGUUGAUGCUAAGGCCCUCCUUAAUACACCAUGAAUGUGUAUAGCUUAGGGCCCUUUGCAUUCUCUCCGAAACAGUUUCGUCAUACUUUCCUCUCACUAUUAUGACUAUAUCGUCUGCAAAGCCCACAACUUCGAAACCUUUUUCCUUCAAGCUUCUUAGAAGAUCGUCUACAACUAAGGACCACAAUAGUGGUGAGAGGACUCCUCCUUGAGGGCAACCUUUCGUUGCCCUUACUGUUAUAGAAGAACUUCCCAGCUCAGAGGUGAUUUCUCUUUUUGCAAGCACAGUAUAAAUCCAAUGUAUGAUACAUUGGUCGAAGUUUUUGUUCUCCAUGGCACGCUUCAUAGAUGAAUAGGAGGCAUUAUCAAAUGCUCCUUCUAUGUCUAAAAAGGCGCAUAGAGCUAUUUCUUUUGCUGAAAACGUUUUUUCCACUUUUGUUACUAGCGAAUGAAGUGCUGUAACCGUUGACUUACCAGAUUGAUAAGCAAACUGGAAGUCAGAUAGGGGAUGGUCUUUUAUGUAAGAAGAAUUGAUAAAAUCCUUCAAAACCUUUUCCAUAGUCUUCAACAAAACUGAAGAAAGACUAAUUGGCCUGUAUGAUUUGGGAUGCGUCUUGUCUCGCUUCCCCUUUUUUGGUAUAAAGAUAACUUUUACAAGUCUCCAUUUUGAUGGAACGUAAUUCAAUCUUAAACUAGCCUUGAACAUCUCAAUUAGUGAUGGAACCAACACCGGUUCUCCAUUUUGAAUCAGUGCUGGAAAUAUUCCAUCAACUCCUGCAGAUUUAAAAGGCUGAAAAGAUCUAAUUGCAUUUUCCACUCUGGCCUUCGUGAAGAUUUCAUCAGCUAAAUCUGAGGUGGUGUUUAUUGUCCUAGUUGACUCCGAAGAGUUUAUACUAGGACAUCCUUCACCUUCCAGAGAUAUAGUAUCAUUGGAAUCCACACUUAGAACCGAACCCGGAAAAUGGGUUUCCAUCAUCAAAUCCAAAGUUUCACGAGGAGUUUUGGUAAAAGCUCCAUCGUCGCGCUUCAGGUUUCCCAAUUCAUUUGAAUGAUCUUUUGCGAGCGUUUUCUGUAGUCUUGCAACUACAGGAGUGCUGUUUAUGUUUUCACAUGUCAGCAUCCAAGACUUUCUUUUAGAUUUUCGUAUUUCGUUGUUGUACUCAGUCAGGGCUUUCCUGUACUGAGUCCAAUCUCCCGUUUGUUUCGCUCUAUUGAACAUUUUACGAGAAAAUUUUCUAAGGCGAUCCAGUUUAAAGUUCCACCAUGGCACGUCUCUAGUAGAAGACGAUUGUAUGGUGGGACAACUUCCGUUAAAGGAAUUGAUGAUACUUUCAUUUACCCUUUGAGAAAAUGAUUCCAACUUUUGGGUUGAAUCAAUAGGUUCUCCCAUUGUAAAUGAAUGCGUAUUCAACAAUUCUACAUAUUGAUCCCAGUUUGUCCUCCUGGGAUUUCUAAAUGCGGUUCUAGAGUAAUCUCCACCACUCCAAUUGAAGAUUAUGUGUUUAUGAUCAGAUAGAGAAAUCUCAUCUGACACGUGCCAGUUUGUGAUCCUGUCAAAGAUUGCAGCAUUGCACAGUGUUAGAUCCAAGACCUCUUGUCUGAUUACAUUUGAGAAA